CUCUGUCUGUCCCAGUGUUGCCAACCGUAGGGCAAUUGCCCUACGCGUAGGGCAAUUUAGCCUCAUAUCCUGGUCUGUAGGGCGGUAGGGCAAUUUUACAAAAUUUGAGCAAAACGUAGGGCAAUUACGAUUUCUUGGUAUGAGUGAUAAUUAUUUUGCAUCAAAAGAUUAAUUAUGUAAACGGAAAGGAAAUAUGCUAAAAAAAAGGUACUAAUUUUUAAAAAAUUCUAUUACCCUCUACUAUGUAACAAAAAAACUUCUUCAACAAUAAAUAAUAAGUCACAAGUCAUAACAUAAAAUGCUUCUCAUAAAUCUGACAGCCCCUUGUGAUUGGCCCGUUUAAAGGAGAGAGCCAAUCACAAGCCAGACGAGUCUGAGACGACGAAUAUAUCCCUUGAUAAACAGGAGCAGGACAGGUCUACUGUGUACAUGUGAGCAUGCUGCCGUCUUCUUUGGAACUGGACUGUAUUAACGGCAUUAUGCAUGUGUAGCCCCUUUAUUUAGGACUGUGUUAACAGGAAAACAUAGUGAUAGUAUGGCUGAUUCCCCUUCUACGCCCAAAAAGAAAAGACAGUACCGCGGGGAGCUAGAUAAACAAGAAAAGGAGACUCCCAGGAAGCAAAAGUUUAGAGAUGUAUGGCUACAGUGUCCGUCUGGCUGUGGUGGGGGGAGGUUAUGCUGUGCCGCUCUCUCCUGUCUAUUUCCCUCCGUCCGUGUUCUGUGUUCUCUCCAGUUCUCUCCAAUUUUCUCUCCAGCCAAGGGAGAGAAAAAGCAGAGCAACCAAUCAGCGUAGGAGGAUGAGAAAGCAGGCAUCCUACUGGUCAGCCUUCCUGCUUGGGGUCGGCGAGGUCAUUUUGCUGACCUCGCUGACCCGUGCCGAGAUAUCAGAGGUCAAAGGUCAUGGAUUUGAGGGGAUACUGAAAGAAAACGGAGAAGAGCGAGGAGCUGUAGGCAUUUGGAGGAAAGAGGUUUAUAUUUGGGUCAUUCCUCCUCCCUCCUCCUCCUCCUCCUCCUCCUCCUCCUCCUCCUCCUCCUCCUCUUCAGCAAGGCAGUUAGAUACAAUACAGGGCGGUGGAAACGUGUCUCUUGAAAUUCGCUCAAUUAAAGAGAGUCUGUUUCUCGACCUACGGCCUAACAGAGAGUUGCUGGCCAGAACGUAUCGAGAGAGAGAGAAAGAGAGAGAGAGAGAGGGAGAGGUGUGUGAGUACAUGGGAGAGGUGAGAGGCGACCCGCUCUCACUCGUGGCCCUCUCACUCUGCGAUGGUGCAAGGGGCGCAGUGGUGACGGGGGAGGGGGUGUGGGUGGAGGUGGCGCCCGCACCUGGCACGCACACCCUGAAAGGCCCACACCUGCUCACGCCACACCUGAAGACACACGCUGGCAGAUGUGGUGUCUCAAACUCGGAUCAUCAUCAUCAUCAGGAGCUGGAAGGGGGGGUAGGGAGGAGGGUGGAGCGGUCUCUGAGAGGUGAUGCAUUGUGGGAGCAGAAAAAUACUAGUUACGUCGAACUAGUAGUAAUAGUAGACCAUUCCUUAUUUAACAGACUACGCUCCUCCUCCUCCUCCUCCUCCUCCUCCUCCUCCUCCUCCUCCCUUUCUCUCAGUCGUCGCGUUCAAGUUAUCACCAAUAUCGUUAAUGUGCUCUACAGACCGCUUGGCAUCAUCAUAGUGCUAAGCCACCUAGAGGUCUGGGACAGAGACGAUAAGGUCGAAAUUGUUGACCAAGAUUCCGGAAAAACACUACAAAACUUUCAAGCGUAUUUGGCUGAAUUUAAAACACACAAUCCAAACACCGCCGUGGAUAACCUGCAGCUUCUUACAGGGGUUGAUUUUGAGAACAAUACUGUGGGGAAGGCGACCAUUGGAGGGAUGUGUGGGCCAGCAUCAGUUGGAGUCUCUAUGGACUCUACCACAAGCACAUUUCUGAGUACAGCAGAGGUAAUGGCGCACGAGAUGGGUCACAAUUUUGGCCUAAAACACGUGGAUGAGGUGGAAGGAUGCGAGUGUGAGUCCCACAAGUGCAUCAUGAGGUCCACAGGCAUCGGGAAAGAUUGGAAUGAGUGUAGCAAAGUUAACAUUACGAGACUUUUGCCAACUGCCUCCCUUGAGUGUCUCAGAAAUGUCCCCUCAGUUUUGGCCUUUUGGGAGGAUGGAGAGGGGAAUUGUGGGAACUGGGUGGUGGAGGAGGGGGAGGAGUGUGACUGUGGCCCCCAGGAAUACUGCCAGAACCCCUGCUGUGACGCCAGGAGCUGUAAAUAUGUGGGCAACUCAACCUGUGCUACUGGACCGUGCUGUGAUGUCAAGACCUGCAAGCCUCUCCCUUCGCUCACCCUGUGCCGCCCAGCCCUCUCAGAGUGUGACGUCUCGGAAUAUUGCAAUGGACGCGACGAGGACUGUGGAUGGGACUACUUUGUGAGAGAUGGGACCAGCUGUGACUCUGGCCAGGGUUACUGCUACCAGGGGAGGUGUGGCAGCCCCUCCCGCAGGUGCAGACAGGUGUG